AUGUCUAAUACAAAUGUAUUUCAUAUACACAAUUGUUCGAUUUUUAAUAGAAGAGAUGCAUUAGAUCGUGUUAUUCCUGGAAAUGGAUUAAUACCACAGUUACGUAGAAGAUUUAGAAACUACUGUAUGGUAUGUCCGGAUUUUCCUGCUUCAAGGGCAAAUUUGAAAAGCGAAAGAGCUGUUCAUAUGGAAAGGAGAAGGCAUUUGCAUCAGUAUUACUAUGUUUUUCAUCCUUUUAGCAAAUUUAGGAUGCUUUUCGAAGGAAUCAUGAUACUUUUGUUGUCACUUCAAAUUCUUAUUGUGCCAUAUGUUAUUUCUUUUUACCCAAAACAUGAACAUUCCUUGGUUAAUAAUUUUGCUAUGCUCCUGUGCUUCUUUGUAGAUAUGGCUUCAAUAAUAGACAUAAUGUGCUCCCUUAACACUGGUUAUUUUUGUACCUCCAACAAAGAGAUAGUACUUGAUCGCAAAAGAAUCAUUAUUAAUUACUUUAAAGGAUACCUAAUAUUCAACAUAGUCUCGAGUGCACCAUUGGAACUGCUCUUCCAUUUAUCAUACGAGACAAGCCAUUCCUUAAACUCGUUCAUAAUAUUUGGUCUCCUGAAGUUUUUCCAUAUCAUAACUCUAGUUACCUACAUGAAAAAUUUUCAAGUGUGUUACUACACAUCAUCUUACACCUCUCGUUUCUUGAGACAAUGUUUUGCCUUAUUUGUGAUCCUCCACUGGUUGGCAUGUUUGAAAUUCAUGAUCACCCGUUGGACUCAUGGUGAUGUCGAAGAUUUGAUACCAACUUUUGCUUGGGUAAAACAAAUGAACUUUUUGCCCAAGUUUCCAAAUGAUCGUUACAUCACGUGCUUUUUUAACAUCAUGAGUGCCAGUACGACUUAUAACUAUGGAAUGUCUCUAUCUUUUUCUUCCGAAGACAUGAUCAUGACAAUGGUAUUAUAUCUUUUUGGAUCAAUCCUGAAAAUUCUGGUAGUUGCACAAAUUUUGCUUCUGGUUAGAAACACAAAUGCCUCUAAAUUGAAGUACCAAACACUGCUCCAGCAAUUGAAUGAGUUUAUACGCCACAAGCAACUUCCUCAGGUGAUCAGGAAUAGAUUGUUGGAUUAUUAUGAGUUUAAAUUUCAGAAGAAUUUUUAUAAAGAAGACGCUAUAUUGGAUACUUUAUCUACGCAACUCAGACAAGAGAUUAUAGUGUACAGUUGCCGAAGAUUGGUGACCAGUGUUCCGUUUUUCGAAAAAAUUCCAAAUACUUUGCUGGUUCGUAUUGUGACUUGUCUGCAGUCUGAGAUCUACUUAGCACAAGAUACAAUAGUAGUAGAAGGCCAACCUGGUCACAGCAUGUUCUUCAUAGGAUCAGGAACUGUAGCCAUUUAUGGACAAAAUCGUGAAGUCGCACAUUUGAGUGACGGUGCCCAUUUUGGAGAAGUCGUUCUGGUCACUGAAAAUAAUUUAAGAUCGGCAACUGUUGUAGCUAUAGAAACUUGCGAACUUUACACUUUGGAUCGAAAGGAUUUUAUGCAAGCUAUUUCUCCUUAUCCUGAUAUUAUGGAAAGGAUUCGUAGGGAGGCAUAUAAACGUUUGAAUGUUUCUUUCUCCAAGUGGUCAACUGAUGAAGUUGAUGACAGUAGAUCGGUUCUUGACGAUGAUGGUGAUGAUCUGGAUGAUACUAGACCAGAAAAUUUGGUCUGA